AAUCAAAAUAUAAACAUUCGCGAGGAAAGAAUCGGGUCAGGUGACGGCGAAAAUUUAAGGCUUUUUUUCAUUCAAUCACACAGUAUUCAAAGCUGGAAUCUUCAACAGACGAGAUGACUCCAAACCCAAAGGAACCGAAAAUCAAGCCAACACCGACGGAUGACAAUUCCGCCAGUGGCAGCCAGGACGAGCAGGAUGCUUCCGGAGAGGAAAACGAGGAUGACUACGAUAUUCCACUGGAUGACUUCGAUUCGGUCAACAGCUAUCUGGACUCGUUGAACCUGGCCCUGGACACCAUCGAGCAGCGGAACGAUGAUUUGAAGGCUCAGCUGUUGAAUCUGCUGCAAUCGAACCGGGAAAUCCGGCAGGCCAUGCAGGAGGAGAACGCCAAAAGACCGCCGGGCCCAUCGGAUGGUGAUGCUCAACCACCUCAGGAAGCAAUGGAACAGAACUGAAAGGCAAUCAUAUUCGGUUUUAGAAUGGUUCUAGAGAGGAAACUGAAGAGUAGACGAGCUAACGUGAGUUCGGAGUUCAACACUUCAGUUGAAUUCUUUUAUCAAAAGUAGAGAGUUAAAUUUGGCAACGAUUUCUGCCUCGUUUAUUCCAAAAGUUUGUAAAUUCUACACCUUCAAACUAAAACAUUUCAAAACAUUACUUUUGAUUCACAAUGCACAAAAGUCAACUAAUUUCCAUAGAUUUCAAUGGAACUCAUAUAAAAAUCUUCUAAGAAUUCUAAUCUUAAAGCCAGGCAUGCUUUACGACAUCUUCAGUUAAGUCCGAUUAUAAAUCACCUUAAUAAGUUAGCUCGUCUAAAUUUCUAGAAGUUAUGGAUUUGUUUUGUUUAUCAUUCCGUAUUUCUCGAGUGUAUUUUAAACAUUGUAAAUAAAAUAGUGUAAUAAACUUCAGGAGCAAUGAUUUGUUUAUUUUUAAGUAA